CCAUAUAAAAUCCAUGACAAACGUCUGAUAUGAUUGUCAGUUUGGAAUUAAUCCACUACCACUGAAGACGAAAUCUAUCCAUUAACGAAAUGUUUGGUAUAAUCCAUGAUUGUCUUGAAGAUUUUGUUGUCAAACUUUUUGGUGAACAAAAAUGGCUGGAUAUUUUAAAAAAUUCCGAUAUCGAUUUGAAAGGUGCAUCAUUCUUGAUGAACAAAAUGUAUGAUGAUCGUAUUACGUUGAAAUUGAUUUCGGUCACUAGCAAAGAAUUGAAAUUAGAUUUUGAAACCGUCAUUGAAGCAUUGGGUAGUCAUUUGAUUAAAUUUCUAUCAUUAAAUGGUUAUGAAAAAAUUCUUAAAAGUCUUGGCACAAAUCUUCAUGAUUUUCUUGCCUACACGGAUUCAUUACAUGAACAUUUGAAUCAUUUUUUUGUCGGUAUGAAAUCACCAAGUUUUCGUGUAACACAUAGUAAAGAUGGUUCCAUGCGUUUAUUCUAUCACAGUCAACGAAAAGGACUUGCACCAUUUGUAAAAGGUUUGAUUACAACAGCUAGUCAAGAAUUAUUUCGUACUGAAGUUAUUGUUAACAUUAUAUCCAUGGAGAAUGAUAUUGUACAAUUUGAGAUCAUCAAUAAAUCAAUUGAUCCUAAUUCGGAUGCAUUUGAAAAGAUUAAAACACCACUAACCGAUAGUACGUUGAGUACAUCGCCAAAAAGUCUUUUCUUCAGCGUAGAAACACUUUGUGAAACAUUACCAUUUCAUUUUAUUUUUCGAAGAAAUUUUCGUAUCGUACAAAUUGGCAAUUCAUUGAAACGCUAUCUUAAUAAAGAUUAUAUCAAAAACACUAAAUCCAAUAAACUAAUGUUCAGCGAUUUAUUCAUUAUAUCACGACCAAUUAUUGAAUUGAAUUUUGAAACCAUUAUUCUGUUUUCAAAUCAUCUAUUUGUUUUGAUCAAUCGUGAUGAAUAUAUUAAAGAAACAGGUAAAAAAAGUCCAAAUUCACCAAGAAAAUUUUCAUUAUCAGAAUCCACACCAAAACAAAAUCCAAGACUUCAACUUAAAGGUCAAAUGAUAUCAUUACCAGUUUAUGAUUCCAUUCUUUUUGUUGGAUCACCGAAAAUUUUCUCCAUACAAGACAUGAUUGAUCUGGAUUUGACUAUGUCGGAUUUUCCAAUUUCCGACGUUACUGGAAGAUGUAUUCUACUUCGUUCGAUUCACAGAAAUGAUAUUGAAUUGAUAAAAAAAUACGAUGUUGCUGCUAAUCAUUUGAAAAUUGUGGAGAAAAAAUUAAGGCUAGAGAUAAGUAAAAAUCAUAAAAUUUUACAUGAAAUUUUUCCAGCUAAAAUUGCACGAAUACUUUGUCAAAGUAUUAAAGUGGAUGCCGAAUAUUUUGAACAUGUCACAUGUCUGUAUUCUGAUAUUGUCAAUUUCACGGCAAUGUGUAGCUGUUCAUCGUUGAAAGCUAUCGAUAUUGUUCGAUUGUUGAAUAGACUAUACAUUCAAUUUGAUAAUCAAACCAAUUAUUAUGGUACAUUCAAAGUUGAAACAGUUGGCGAUGCAUAUGUUGUCAUUAGUGGUGUACCGGAAUCGAUUGAUGAUCAUGCAGAUCGUGUAGUUGAAAUGGGUUUAGCUAUGGUACAUGUUACCCGUACAAUCAUUUCACCUAAAGAUGGUAAACAUAUUGAAAUGCGUAUCGGUAUACAUUCAGGACCAUGUAUGGCCGGAAUCGUUGGAUUAUCAAUGCCUCGUUAUGCUGUUUUCGGUAGAACAAUUACAAUGGCAAAUAAAAUGGAAUUUGCUGGUCCACAAGGAAUGGUACAUAUUAGUGAAGCUACUAAAAACUAUUUGAAAAAAGAUAAAUAUUAUUUUGUCGAAGCCAAUGUACAACAUUUAUUCGAUUUUCCAACAUAUAUUGUUACUAAAUUAUAUGAAGAAUAUCAUGAAGAUUAUUUAGUGAUUGAAAAUAAUCUAAACAUGAGUGGUGGCCUAUUCAAAUCACCAUCACAAUCACCGAUCCAUAAAGCAAAAAAUAUCCAGUCCACAUCACAGAUGAACUAUUCACAGAUUGAUUUUCGUCGUGGAAAAUUGCUAAAAGAUUUUGAUAAUGAUCCAAUUAUUCCAUCCAUUCAGAUCAAUGAUUGAUCAAUACAAAUGAAUGAUAAAAAAAA